AUGUAUAAAGCUAAAAUGAUGCGUGAAGCAUCUCUAGAAGUCGUCGAAAGUAGUGAUGAAUCCGAUUUUGAAGAAGUGAAUAACAAUAAUAAAAUAGCAAUAUUAUCAAUUUUAAAUGAGAAACUAGAUUUGCUUUUAACAAAAUUUGACAAAAUGGAAACUUCAAUCCAUACUCUUCAGACAACCGUUGAUACGUUAUUGAUUAAACAAACAACGAUUGAUACAACAGUAUGUGAAUUGCUAAAGGACAAAAGUGAUAAAUCAGCUAGUAUUAUUAAUACAGAAAACUGUUGUACAAAAAUUUUGGAAAUAAUUGGAGAAAGAGCUUUAUCUUUUGAAAGUGCAAUUCAACAUGCAUCAAAUCAAAUCAAAGAACAAGUUAGCGGUUCGAUUCCUUGUAGUACAGAUACAACACAAAGCACGGACAUUGAUGAUGCCGCAUCAAUAUUAUUACAACAACCAAAAAGCAUAUCUGCACCAGUACUGGCAGUACCAACAUCAACUGAAAUUAUACCAUCUGCAAAUGAAUUAUUAUACUCACUUUAUAAGUUUGAAUCGUCUUCAAGUUGUACUCCGAAACGCCAACGUAGCAUGAAUUUUGAUAGUGAUGAAUCACCUAUAUCUACUCCAAUUAGUGUAGGAUCUCAAAUAAUUUUCACUGAUCCAAAUACAAAAACAACAUUUCACGUUAUGAAAGAAAAGCAUGAUAGACAACAAUUAGCUACCAAUCAAGAAUUAUUGAAGAAAGAAACUGGAUUUCGUCAUCUUUUGGCCUAUCUUUUUUCAACUUUAUUUACAGAAGAAGAAUUGAGAGUUUCAUCUGUUGACGCCUCUGUCCGUGGUACACAAGCAUUUGAUCCAGUAAGAGUAGGUGCCAUUGAUAGGCAAUUAUUUGAUUUAUAUGAAGCACGGUAUGCGAAAUUUCGCACAAGCAAUCAAUAUAAAGAAAUACUGAACAAGAAAUGCAGUCGAAUAAGAAGUAAAUUUAACAAAAAUAUGAAUAAUUAUUAG